AUGCUUCGUUACAGACGCACACUACGAGAAGCUUGUAAGAAAGACUCGUCCCAGAAGCGUGGGCGGAAGCAAGCGCCUAUCAAGCGGUUGACGGUUGAGGAGUUACGCGAAGCGAAGCUAGUAAUCGUGAGAAUCGUGCAAGAACGAAGCUUCGCUGAAGAGAUCACAGCAAUACAGCAGAACUCAAAGUCGAGCGACAACGUGAAAGUCCUCCCAAAACAAAUCAAGCGCUCUAGUCAACUCUACAGGCUAGAUCCAGUGUACGACAAGCGCGUCCUCCGUGUCGGGGGUCAGUUAAGAAAUUGCUCGGUUCCUGAAGGAGCAAAGCAUCCAUUAAUAUUGCCUGGAAAUCAUCACGUUGUGACCUUGAUCAUCCCAUUCUAUCAUGAUCUCUCCGGUCAUUGUGGUUUGGAGUACGUUCUGUCGGUACUACGAGAAAGAUUCUGGAUAAUCAGAGCACGGGUCCUCAUCAAAAGCGUACUAAAUCGGUGCUUCGAUUGCAAGAAGCGGCAAGCACCUGUCGGAGAGCAAAAGAUGGCAGAUCUGCCGACGGAUCGCGUCACAGCCGGAAAGCCUCCGUUCACUAACGUAGGCGUCGAUUGCUUUGGUCCUUUCAUGGUCAAGUUGGGUAGGAGCCAUGCAAAGAGAUAUGGCGUUCUGUUUACGUGCCUUACUAUAGCAGUGCAUAUCGAAGUGGCAAAUAGUCUGGACACGGACUCGUUUCUGAACGCGUUUAGAAGGUUUGUAGCGAGGCGAGGACUGCCCGAAGAGAUCAGGUCCGAUAACGGAACCAACUUUGUCAGUGGAAAUCACGAGCUUCGGAAGGCGAUAAAAGCGUGGAAUCAAGAGAAGAUCAAUGGGUUCUUGCUGCAAAGAAGCGUACGAUUGGACGUUCAACACACCUAA